UUAGAUAUACCUCUACUGGGCACAAAACGUACAAUCUAACAAAAAGAGGGCAUGGUUUUUCACCUGCCGCGCCAGCGCACGACGCUGAAGUUACACGAUGAAUAAAAAGAAAGUGAUUAGUGUGCACAACAUCAAGGCAAAGGCAGUGAAACAGGGCUCCUUAACUUUGCGGCAAAUUGACAUAAUGCACAGAAGCUCAGUCGUCUUCACCGAACUAUAUGGCUGAUGAUCUCGUGAUAUGCUCCAGCGACGACGGUGAAAAGCGCGUCUCCUUUUUUUCUUCUUUUUUUUUUUGCGAUGAGGGCCUAAUGUUUCGUGUAUAUUAUAUGUGUGCUGUAAGGAUUGUGUUGUGCAUGAAUUCAAGCAGUGUUUUCUAAUAUCUGUUGUCAUGUACCCAGCGAUCAUUGACGAAACAGCAUGCGCCGCCGAUAUUUUUCCACCCGGUGACGUCGUCCAAUCAAGAUCACAAUAUGGUGCUGGCAUUGUAGCGGAUGACAGCUUUCAAUGGGAGACGAAAGCGUUUCGCUCGCCAACCUAUACAGUAUUUUCUCCAUGCCUGCAUGCAGGUCUCGCAAAUUUGUUCAAAUACUUAAUUUCCAAAGACAUCAGCACGACUGGGAACUCACAGAAACGCAAUUUUCCGACUGCAAGUUCCUGUAACAUAUGUAAGCUCUCCACAAUUUUAGCAAUAACUUCAUGUGUGCACUUUUUCUCUGAACGUGGCAGAGUGUGAAUAUCCCCACAGGGCCGCAAAUGGGAUACUUCUAAUUCGCACGCAUACUGCGCGCGUUGGCUUCACUUGACAAAGAAGAAGAGGGCGCUCGUGCAUCCGCGCGUGGCUCAUUCUAGCGUGCCGUCGAAUUAAGAAGAACGUCCUGCUCGAACGAGACUCACGGACGCGGCACUGCGGUCUCGACCUGCGCCUGCCCGUCUCGUCACUAGCUGUCUCAGGGUUGCGGACACCGAUUGCAUUUCUCGAGGCGUUGCGGUGCGGCGAUGCUGCUGCUGCGGCUGUGAAAAUCACUUGUUUCGUCCAAUCAACAAGAUCACACGUUGCCUAUGGGUGACCAACCCCUAGCCGACCAUGAAGCACACACGGAGGGCGCGACGGCACCGGGUGGCGAGUCAUCGGCGGCGCAUGCUGCUUCGUCAGUCAUACAAAGCGAUACUCACGCAACCACUGAGGGUCACGAAGGCGGCGAAGCCCCCGUCGCCGCCGCCGUCGAUACCGAUGCCGUACGACCCGCCGCCGCCAAGCGCUCCGGGGGCAAGACCCCGGCCGUGCAAAUCAGGGGCCUCGAACUGUGGUACGGCAGCGGCACCGACCGGGUCGACAUAUUCCGCGGCGUCGACAUGACCGUGCAGCGAGGCGCCAUCUACGCUCUGCUCGGCUCUUCGGGCUGCGGCAAGACCACCCUGCUGCGAUGCAUCAUGGGCCGCAAGCACUUCCAGGAGGGAAACAUACGGGUGUUCGGCUACGAGCCGGGCACCGCGGGCUCCAAGAUACCCGGCGCCAACGUGGGCUACAUGCCGCAGGAGGCGGCCCUCUUCGACGCCUUCUCCAUCGAGGAGACGAUGCACUUCUUCGCGCGCAUCUACGACCUGUCGCCGGAGGCCACCCACGAACGCACGGAGUCCCUCGUCUCCUUCCUGGAGCUGCCGGACCCCAAGCGGCUCGUGUCGUACCUGAGCGGCGGCCAGAAGCGGCGCGUAUCCCUGGCCGUGUCGCUGCUCCACAAACCGCCGCUGCUGAUCCUGGACGAGCCGACCGUGGGCAUCGACCCGGUGCUGCGGAUGAGCAUCUGGGGGCACAUGGUGACGAUGGCCGAGAAGGAGCGCAUGUCCAUCAUCAUCACGACGCACUACAUCGACGAGGCCCGGCUGGCGUCCAUGGUGGCCUUCCUCCGACACGGCGUCAUCCUGGCGGAAGACCCCCCCGGCGUGCUCAUGCAACGACACAACACCGACAGCUUAGAGGAGGUGUUCCUCAUUCUGGCCACCUCUACCGAAACCGACCAGGCGAGGAACGCGGCGAUCGACGCGUACGGUGCGGGCGACGAAGGCCCCACCUCGCUCUCGUUCAUGGCGUCAGUGACCCGCGCGCGCAGGUCCGGGGGUUACGAGCGCAAGGACUUCAACAGGUCGCGGGCGCGUAUCGGCGCCAUCUUCUACAAGAACGUUGUCAAGCUUCGGCGCAGCGUGGCGUUGCUGCUGUACAGCUUCCUACUGCCGUCGAUCGAGGUGAGCAUCUUUUGCUCGAUCGUGGGCAACACGCCGUUCGACCUGCACAUCGCGGUCGUCAACGAGGAGCCCGCCCCGACCACGCCCAACGCCAGGGCCUUCAGCGUCGACUUCCUGGCGCACAUCGACAGCAGGAUCCUACCUCAGGUGAAAUUCGACAGCUUGGACGCCGCCCUCGACUCGGUGAGAAACGGCGAGACAUACGGCGUCAUCCACAUGAAGUUCAACAUCACGAAUAGCAUACAGGCUCGCUACUCGUCCACCACCAAGCUCUCCGAGGGGCUCGUUGACUUCGCCUCGGUGCACGUCCACUUGGACAUGUCCAAUCAGCAAGUCUUCCUGACCGUAUACUCGUACCUUAAGUUCUCCCUGGACGCCACGCUGCCUGCCUUUCUGCCCGAUAAGCUGGCCGCCAGUGACGUCCUUGUGUUCGAAGACCCCGUCGUUGGCAGCAAGACCGCAACCUUCAGCGAAUUCGUGGCUCCCGGCAUGAUCCUCACGAUCACGUACUUCAUGGCGAGUACCGCGUGCCUGAACACCCUGCUAGAAGAGAAAUCCGAUGGGCUUCUGGAGAGGUGCAUCGUCGCCGGUGUCCGCUCGUUCGAAGUGGUGCUGGCCCACGUCAGCUCGCAGAUCUUCAUCAUCGUGGUGCAAGACCUGCUCCUGCUCUUCGUGGCGUUCGUCAUCUUCGAGUUGCCCACGCGCGGACCCAUGUACGCCGUAAUCAUUCUCACGCUGCUGCAGGGAACCUGCGGCAUGAUGUUUGGACUCCUUAUCUCGUCCUUGUUCGAUGAUCCCGACGCGGCCACGAUGGUCUCGGUCGGUGCCAACUACCCGGCCAUGAUGGUCAGCGGCAUCCUGUGGCCCCUGGAGGGCAUUCCGACGGUGGUGCGCAUCGCGAGUUAUGUGCUGCCGUUGACCUUGCCGGCAGACGCCUUCCGCAGCGUCAUGUCCAAGGGCUGGGGCCUCUCCCACACGCACGUGCUGUUGGGCCUCUUCGUCUCCGUCACGUGGACCUGCGUGUUCCUCGCAGAAGCCGAUGCCCAACCGGGCGGUUCCCAUUUGCCGAACAUCGCAAACCCUCCGAUGAAUGACGCGGGCUCGCCGCCAGGCGUCGGAGACGCGCCGCUUAUGUCGCCCGAUGUCAUGUCGCCUCCUCAGAAAGCCCACGGACCGCGACAUCGCACGCCGGCCGUACGAGUCGCAGACCUCGAACUGUGGUACGGGAGCGGCAGCAAACGGGUCGACAUCUUCAGAGGAGUCAACAUGACUGUGCCCCGCGGCGGCAUCUACGCGCUGCUCGGUUCCUCCGGCUGCGGCAAAACGACGCUCCUGCGCUGCAUCAUGGGCCGCAAACAUUUCCAGAAAGGCGACGUCCGGGUGUUCGGCCUGGUGGCUGGCACUCCCGGCUCCAAGAUACCGGGCCCGAACGUCGGCUACAUGCCGCAGGAGCUCGCCCUGUACAAUGCAUUCACCAUAGAGGAGACGCUGCGGUUCUUCGCCCGUCUCUACCUCAUGGACCCGCAGCGGUGCAAGGAGAGGGCCGACUUCCUCAUCGCGCUGCUGGACAUUCCCGACCCGAAGCGGCUCGUGUCGUACCUGAGCGGAGGCCAGAAGCGGCGCGUGUCACUCGCCGUGUCGCUCAUACACAGCCCACCGUUCCUCAUCCUGGACGAGCCGACCGUGGGCAUAGACCCCGUGCUGCGCAAGGCCAUCUGGAACCACCUGAAGACCCUCUCCGAGCGCGACAACAUGACGGUCAUGAUCACCACGCACUACAUCGACGAGGCUCGCCUCGCCGGCACCGUGGCUUUCCUGCGCGAGGGCACCGUACUGGCCGAGGAGUCGCCCGCCAAACUCAUGGAGCAGCACAACACGCACAACCUGGAGGAGAUCUUCCUGCGGCUCGCCAAGCAGGACAAGUCGUCCUUGCCGCCAGCGCCCGAAGUCGUCGCUGUCGAGGAUUCGCAACCCGAACGACAUGCGACGCAGCUCUCGUUCAUGUCGUCUGCCCUGGAGCAGCGCUCCACGCUGAACAAGAAAGACUUUAACCGGUCAAUGUCGAGGGUGGGCGUCUUGUUCAGUAAGAACGUGAUUAAGUUCAGGCGCAGCUUGGGCCUGCUCUUGUACAGCAUGUUACUCCCCGCCAUCGAAGUGAGCACGUUCUGUGCGGUCAUUGGCAAGGUGCCCACCGGACUGAGGAUAGCCGUCGUCAACGAGGAGGCUGCAUCGCAAAGCGCAACCCCUCCGCUCUUCAGCACCGCUUUCUUCGACGCCAUGGACAACGCCGUCUUGCCACGGGUAAACUACGACACCCUCAGCAGUGGCAUCGAAUCUGUGAAAACGGGCACGACGUACGGAGUGGUACACGCCAAGGUAAACCUCACGGCCAGCCUCAAGGCCCGCUUCGGCACCACUGUGAAGCUCAGUGAAGGGCUGCUAGAUUUCGCCUCUUUGCACGCCCACCUGGACAUGUCCAACCAGCAAGUGUCGAUGACCAUGGCGACAUACUUGGCGAAAGCGCUGGCAACGGCGCUGCCGUCAUCGACGAUCGACAUGCUCCACUUCCAAAGCGUUCUUGUGAGGGAAGAGCCUGUCAUCGGCAGCAGGGAACCGACGUUCACUGAAUUUGUCGCUCCCGGGCUCAUCAUGACGUUCAUCUACUUCAUAUCGGCAACGCUGUGCAUAAACACGCUGCUCGGCGAGAAAGGCGACGGGUUGCUCGAAAGGUGCAUCGUCGCCGGGUUGAUGUGCUCAGCGGUUCUGGAGACCACCACAACAGCCGCCAUGGUAGUUGACGGCAUCAACUAUCCAAUCAUGAUGACCAGCGGCAUUCUUUGGCCCCUGGAAGGCAUCCCAAAGGUCAUACGUUACUUCAGCUACCUGAUGCCGCUGACGCUUCCCGCCGAUUCGUUGCGCAGCGUCAUGUCCAAAGGAUGGGGACUCACCCACCCAAACGUCCUCAUGGGCCUGCUCGUGAACACCAGCUGGACGAUUUUCUUCAUCGUCGGCUGCAUGCUGCUUUUCCGACUGUAGAAAGGACACGGCGCUGCACUGAUGCCGCAUGGACAUUUAUGAUGUACAGGAAGCCUAUAUGUACAGCGCUUUCCGCAUCCAUAACACCGCGAACUGUUCGUUGUACAACAGUAUAUCGCGGGCCUCUGUCUGAAAAAAAAAAUAAAGAAACGGCGCGGGCAAAUUAAAUGUUAAAAACGUUACUCUUCUCCUCUAUGCGUUAUCAUCCGGCUUAAUACAGCACAACUGCAACAAAAUUUUGGUCCACGUAAAAUGCUAGUUUCAGAUCGUGUAGAUAGGUAGAAGUCUCCGUGCAAGAAUUUUCGUAUGAAAUGCGUUGAAAAAGCUUCGCAAAAAUAGCUGUUUUGGAUACCGAAAUUAAUAAAGACGGCUUGCCGGAAGUGACGCAUGAGCCCGACUGCCUGGCUCAUCGUGCUCGAUCUUCGAGAUUGGGCGUCACC